AGCAGACAGCGGGAGAAAUCAAUAGGUCAAUUUCACAGCCAAUCCUAUGUGUAGCACCUUUACAUUUCAACUUCAAUGGGGUAGGGACGUCUCAAGGAUUCCAGAUAGCACGGACCCUUCCAUCUUUGAGGACAUGUAAUUUCCGUUCUUAGAGCGUUCCUUGACUAGCUUCUCAAUAUAAUAGACACUUUUUGCUACGGUCAUGGCUAGAAGGAUCGAGCUUUGGUCGAAUGAACAUCAUAUUUGACUUUUCGUAGCAGGUUAGAACAUAAGCAGCAGGUUAGGAUAAUUAACGUAGCAGGUUUGGAGAAUUUGGAUAAGGUUAGGAAAAGUGUUAGUGUUUCAACACACUCAUUUAAACUUUUGAUGUUCAUUUGACAAAAGCUGUAUCCCUUCUAGCCAUGACCAUUUGGCUAAAAUGAGCUAGUGAAAGAUUUGCCUCCGUACUUUCGCCAAAACGCACACUUGUGUCGAAAGUGGUUCUUCAAGCUAUUCAUUCACCAAAACAAACUUUGCUUUACAUGUUUACCUGUCAAUACAUUUCAACUGUGACAAAGUCAAAUGAGAAACCGUGCGAGGUUAAACCAAUUUAGAAACGUUUUGUCAACGAAAUGGCGUUGUUAUUCUGGGGAAGAGGACUUCGCAAUGCUGUUACCAAAAAGGCUAUGCAAGGAGUCCAGCUCUACUGUACCUCAGUGGUAUCAGGCAGAGAGUGUGUGAAUGGAGUGGAUCUGUUCUACCAGCAGACUGGAAAAGGAGACCAUGCUGUUUUACUACUGCCUGGAGCUCUGGGAAGUGCUCACACUGACUUUGGGCCGCAGCUGAAGUCUUUGAGUAAGGACUGCUUCACUGUGAUUGGUUGGGACCCUCGCGGGUACGGAAACUCCCGCCCCCCGGAGAGAGACUUCCCUCUGAACUUCUUUGAGAGGGACGCCAAGGACGCUGUGGACCUGAUGCAGGCGUUGAGAUUUCAAAGGUUCUCUCUGCUGGGCUGGAGUGACGGAGGCAUUACUGCUCUGAUCGCAGCAGCCAGGAACCCCUCCCUGGUCAAUAAGAUGGUGGUGUGGGGCUCCAACGCAUACGUCUCACCACAAGAUGUAAAGAUCUACAAUGCGAUCCGUGACGUGUCUCAGUGGAGUGAGAGGAUGAGGAGGCCCAUGGAGGAGGUGUAUGGGGCGGAGCUCUUUAUUAAGACCUGGGAAGGAUGGGUGGAUGGGAUUGGACAGUUUGCCCAGAGACCAGAAGGAAGCAUCUGUAUGGAGCUGCUGCCUCAGAUCAGCUGUCCCUCCCUCAUCAUCCACGGAGAGAAGGAUUCCAUGGUGCCCAGCUUCCACCCUCAGUAUCUCGUCAAACACAUCAAGGGUUCAAGAUUGCACCUGAUGCCAGAAGGGAAACAUAACCUGCACCUGAGGUUUGCUGCCGAGUUCAACAAGCUGGUGGAAGACUUCCUGAACCAGUGAUGGACAUACUGUCUGCGUCCCAAAUAGCACCCUAUUUCUAACAUUGUGCACUACUUUUGACCAGGGCCAUGGUCAAAAGAAGUGCAGUACGUAGGGAUUUAGGGUGCCAGUUCAGAUACAAAAAUACUGCACCCAUAGGAAACAAGAAGCUUUCAGGCCUGGGUCACUAAAGGAACACUACAGCCAGCAACACUUAUAAUCUGAGUAUGGUCCAUUAAUUAACUGACUAUUAUCAGUGAAUUACUGGUAUAUGAGCCAAAAUAAAUACCCAUCCACAUGACUAUUGCAAAUGUUAUGCAUUAAUUCCUUGUGUAAUUGGAUAGUUUUUGUUUAUAACUUUUUGUAUUGUGUCCAGUCCUCUGUUUUGUACUGUUGUGUCAUAUAUGGCAUGUUAUGGAAAUGUUGCAUUUGCACUAACUGUUAUGCCAUGUAAAACAAAGCAAAAGAAAAGAGUCGCAAAAUGAUAGUCAUUCAAUUACAAUUUUAAUCAGGCAUAUUUUGUAAACAGCAGGGGUGAAAGUACGGUGUCCCAGCAAAAUAAAUAGUUUGGGUACGCCGUACCAGUUAAACAUGAACCUAUCACAAUCAUUAAAACAAAAUGUCAAGAA